AUGGUCCCAUGCGUUACCGAAUCCGACGAACACAAAGCUCUGCCUCCGCUACACCUCCGUCAGCUUCUUCCACACCUUUGUGGUAUUGGGCAUGUUGUGUCCAUCGAGGUCUCUUUUGAACGCAAAUCUGCCAGGCUUAUGGCGGUGGUUCACGACGGCCUCCAAGAGUGGAACAUUACCGGAUGUAAAUCUGUCACAUCUCUGGCGGUGGUCUGGAGGCCCUCCGCGGCUGGCUAA